UUAGAACAUGGAAUCGUUGCCCUAGUCCUUCCAAUUCAACAACAUAGCCAGCAGUGUAUUCCUUUCUUACUGGUAAUAAAGUGAAGGUGAAGGAAUUGCAAUGGCAUUAAAAUCAGUAUUCGAUUCUUCAGUUAUUAGGGCCGAAUUCGACAAGGCUGGAAUCAACACUCGCUUCAUCCCUCUUAUUUGGAAGUAUGUAAUACAGAACCCAGAUUGCAAUUGGGAAGAUAUUCCAUCUUUGCCCUCCUCGGCUUACACUUUGCUUGCUGCAAAGUUCAAAACUUCGACAUCCCUUGUUGACUCUGUCUUGGAAUCAAACGAUGGGGUCACCACUAAGCUCCUCAUCAAGUUGCAGAAUGGAGCAUUUGUGGAGUGUGUGAUUAUGAGAUAUGACUCAAGCUUGGGGAAAUUAAACGGAAAGCCUCGUCCUGGAGGACCAAGAUCAACCUUGUGUGUAUCCUCUCAGGUUGGGUGCAAAAUGGGCUGCACAUUCUGUGCUACAGGAAGCAUGGGGUUCAAAAAUAACCUGUCUUCUGGAGAGAUAGUUGAACAAUUGGUGCAUGCCUCUCGUUUAUCAACCAUCCGUAAUAUUGUUUUCAUGGGAAUGGGGGAACCGUUGAACAACUACUCUGCCCUGGUGGACGCCAUACGAGUGAUGACAGCAUCUCCAUUUCAGAUCUCUCCUAGAAAAAUUACAGUCUCAACGGUUGGAAUAAUUCAUGCCAUCACCAAGCUCCACAAUGACGUCCCGAAUUUGAACCUGGCUGUCUCUUUGCAUGCACCAGUCCAAGAUAUCCGUUGUAAGAUAAUGCCUGCAGCAAGAGCUUUUCCUUUGGAAAAACUCAUGAAUGCACUGCUAGAAUAUCAAAAGAAAAGCCAGCAGAAGAUCUUUAUUGAAUACAUAAUGCUUGAUGGAGUAAAUGAUGAGGAGCAGCAAGCCCAUCAGCUUGGGAAACUGCUAGAAGCGUUUCAAGUGGUUGUGAAUCUCAUACCUUUUAAUCCAAUUGGAUCAUUAAGUCAUUUCAGUACUAGUACCAAUCAGAAAGUCAUCAGGUUUCAGAAAAUAUUGAGGGAUAUCUAUGAUAUUCGCACAACUGUCCGCAAGGAAAUGGGCCAAGAUAUAAGCGGUGCCUGUGGUCAAUUGGUGGUUAAUCUACCAGAUAAGCGCUCUAUCAGCAGUGCAGCUCCUCUAACAGAUAUUGAGGAUCUUCGUAGGCGGUAGACUCAAAGGUUCGUUUAACUCUUUUUCUCAGCAAUUCUAUGUUAAAAGGAGAUAAGAUUAGCAGCUUUAUCUACAGGAAAAUAUGUAGCUUCCAGUCUUAUCUGGCAGCAAGUUGCCGUUGGUCCCUGCCAACUAAGCAUUUGGUUGAACCAAGUUGGAUCUCGUUUUCAUGAGGCUUUGGUGGAAAGGGAUCAAGGGAGAUGUUAAUGACGCCAUGACAUGCUCAAGGGAGAUGUAUACGAAACAUGACAAGCUAUCAUUCUAAUGUUUUCCUUCUUUUUUAAGAGGAAAUGUAUUUUAUUUUAUUUUAAAUUAGAAAUCGCACUUCAGAGGCAUGGACGUGUACAGGAUACGUGUCCACAAAAAUAUUUUGUACGAGCAUUAAUCAGAAGACAUCAUGAGCUA